AUGAACUUUUACCUAGCACCUCCCGUGAUCAAAGCAGAGAUUUAUCUACGCAUUCCAGACGAUAAGCGCUGCUUGGGCCAAGAGUCAGAAUGGCGCGGGGGCUUCGCGGGGUCGUUCCAGCACAUCUUCCUUGAGGGGCCCAUUGUCGAUAGCGCUGGGAAUCUCUAUGUCGUGGAUAUUCCGUACGGUCGCAUUCUCAAGAUUGAUGCCGACAAGAAUUUUAGUGUUGCGUGCACUUGGGAUGGCGAGCCGAAUGGGCUCGUGGGGGCCGCUGAUGGGCAUCUAUUGGUGGCGGAUUAUAAGCAGGGCAUACUAUCGUUCAAUCCAGAGACGGGAAAGAUUGGUCCAAAGUUGACAAGAAAGAAUCUUGAGCGGUUCAAAGGACCUAAUGACUUGAUCGUUGACUCAAAGGGUAAUCUCUACUUCACGGAUCAAGGCCAAACGGGUAUGACAGACCCAACAGGUCGCGUCUACCGUGUAUCACCCGAUGGAAGACUCGACACACUCCUUGACAACGGUCCCUCACCCAAUGGUCUCGUCCUCUCACGAGACGAGCGCUUCCUCUACGUCGCCAUGACACGCGCAAACCAAGUCUGGCGCUUACCUCUACACGCAGACGGCACUACCUCCAAAGUCGGCGUCUUCUUCCACUCUUUUGGCAACGCGGGUCCUGAUGGUCUUGCACUUGACGAGGAGGGGCUCGAAUUAUUAGUGGUUCUCCGGGGAUCAAUCUGA